CAGUCCAUGAGACAGAGAAGGGAAACGCAACCGAAACGCUCUCAUUCGCGCAGCCUCCAAUCUAUUUCUCUCUCUCACUCACUCACUCACUAACACACAAACGCGCGUGUUCUGGUACCAGGAGGCUCGCGCUGUAUUGUUUCGGCGGAUGGGUGGAGAUGCACACACACACACACAGAGAGAGAGAGAGCGCUGAGGAUAAGGCAUCACGCUGAGGAAUGAUUAGCAUACAGGAGGCGAGAGGAACUUUCCAGCGCGAGUGAGCAGGAGAGCAAGUGAGGAGGGGAAGAUCGUGGGAAAAUAAUCAGGAGCGAUUGGAAAGUUUGAGCGAAGGCAGCGUUUCCACACUGAAAAUGAAAUUGGAGGAGGUGUAGUGUAGACCUCUUAUCAGUCGUCUAACAUAGAGGGCCGGGGGGCAAACCGAGGUCUGAACCAAAGAACAAUUCAAACGGCAAUUACAUCAGAUGGAGGUGGAUGUCGCAGAUGAGAAGCGCCAUUGCACACGCUCAAAAGUUCCCCUGGAGCCAGCCAUACAAGAGUUGUUCAGUGUGUAUGGCUGUCCCGUCGCCAAGAAGAGAAAACCCCUGGAGACUCACGCCCUGGAGCCCUCGGCCAAGAGGAAGGUCUUUCUAACCGUCGUAGACCAGCAGUCAAUGGAGAAAUGCUACAGGACACACAAAAUGGAGGAGGAAAUGGAUGAAAAAGAGGAAGAGGAGGAGGAAGAGGAAAGGGAAGAAGAAGAGGAAGCCGAUGAGGAAUACACAGACAACGAGGAACAAUUUGAUCAGGAAGAGGUAGAAGUGAUCAAUGGAGACGAGGAAGAGGUGGAGCAGGAAGAAGAGGAAGUGGUGGAGGAGGAAGAGGAAGAAGGAGUAGAAAGAGAGGGGGAAGAUGAUGAAGAAGAGGAUGAGAUAGAGGAAGAUGAGGAGCAAAUUCAAGAAAUAGAGAGUGACCAUAUGAAUUGCAGUCCCAGCAGAUCAAGCCCCUCCAUGGAGAAGGACAACAACAACAACGAAGAAUACGAGAACUAUGAUGAACUGGUGGCCAAAUCUCUGCUAAACCUGGGCAAGAUCGCAGAGGACGCUGCUUAUCGGGCCAUGACCGAGUCCGAGAUGAACAGCAACUCCUCAAACAGUGCAGAAGAGGAAGAGGAGGAGGACGAAGACGAAGAGGACGACGAAGAUGAUGAAGAUGAGGAGGGCUCAAGGAAAGGUGAGCUGAGUCUGGAUGUGAACAGUGAUGUGGUAAGAGAGACUGUGGACUCUCUAAAGCUCCUGGCUCAGGGUCACGGGGUCACGCUCUCAGAAAACCUCCACGAGGAGCCGUACCAGGACGACGGCGGCGAGAACAUCAACGGCAGAGCCAGCAUCACUGGUCAGAUGGGGGAGAAGAGUGACGAGGAAGUUUGUCUGAGCAGUUUGGAGUGUCUUCGCAACCAGUGCUUUGACUUGGCGCGCAAGCUAAGCGAGACCAAGCCAUCCGAGCGGCUCAACAAUAACCAGCAGCAGGCUCAUCAUCUUUAUCAAGAGGCUCAACAACAGCAGCAUCAUCAGACUCAUGAGGAGUGCCGUGUCCUUGAGCGAAACUACUCCGACAUGGUCAACCUGAUGAAGCUUGAGGAGCAGCUCAGCCCUCGAUCCAAGGCUUUCUCCAGCUGUGCCGCAGAGCACAAGUGCUUCCAGGACUGCGAUGAAGACACCACCUCUGUCACAUCCGACCGCUCCGAGGACGUUUUCGACAUGACCAAGGGCAACCUGUCACUGCUGGAGAAGGCCAUAGCGCUGGAAACGGAGCGGGCUAAAGCUUUGCGGGACAAGAUGUCGUCAGAAGCAGUCAGGAGAGAUAGACUGCGUUUGCAUGAGGACGGUUUGAGGCACAGCUGUGCCGAGGAGCGGAAGGCACGUCUGCACCACGAUGGCCUAAAGAAGCCUUACUACCUGAAAGAUUCUUCACGGUCGGGGAAAAAAGAAAGCCGCUGUCCAACGCCUGGCUGUGACGGCACAGGUCACGUGACGGGUUUGUACCCGCAUCACCGCAGCCUGUCUGGAUGCCCGCAUAAAGACCGAGUCCCACCAGAAAUUCUUGCAAUGUAUGAAAAUGUUCUUAAGUGCCCUACGCCUGGCUGCACGGGCCGGGGUCACGUCAACAGCAACAGGAACUCUCACAGGAGCCUGUCGGGUUGCCCCAUAGCGGCUGCAGAGAAACUGGCCAAAGCCCACGAGAAACAUCAGCCAUGUGAUGGAGGAAAAUCCAACCAGGCUUCAGAUCGUGUGCUCAGGCCCAUGUGCUUCGUGAAACAGUUGGAGAUUCCUCAGUACGGCUUCAAAAACAACGUUCCCACUUCGACCCCGCGCUCCAACCUGGCCAAAGAGUUAGAGAAAUACUCCAAAACCAGCUUUGACUACAACAACUACGACAGCAGCAACAUCUACAGCAAACGGCACUCUGCUGCGCCCAAGCUCCACGGUCGGGACACACUGCCCAAAAGUGAUGAGGCGAAGCGCUACUGCAAGAGCUGGAGUUCGGCGAGCAGCACCUCGAGCAGCUUCGGGCCCAGCAGCAGCAGCAGCCUGAGCUGUGGAGGAGGAGGAGGAGGGGGAGGAAGAGGAGGAGGAGGAGGAGGAGAGAGUAGCGCCAGCAGCACCUGCAGCAAGAGCAGCUUCGACUACACACACGACAUGGAGGCGGCGCACAUGGCUGCCACUGCCAUCCUCAACCUCUCCACCCGCUGCAGGGAGAUGCCACAGAGCCUGAGCGGGAAACCCCUGGACAUCUGCUCGCAGUCUGAUGAUCUGGAUCCCUUCCAGGACAUUUUAGAGGACAGUGCAUACACUACUGAUGUUGGCAUUCCCAGUCCCAAACCAAAAUUUCCGCCUUGCAAAGAAAGCAAAAAGGACCUGAUAACUCUUUCAGGUUGUCCUUUAGCAGAUAAAAGCAUUCGGAGUAUGAUGGCCACCAACUCACAAGAACUCAAGUGCUCGACCCCGGGCUGUGACGGCUCGGGACAUAUUACUGGCAACUACGCUUCACACAGAAGUUUGUCAGGAUGUCCACGUGCUCGGAAGACUGGAAUAAAGAUAACACACAGUAAAGAGGACAAGGAGGACCAGGAGCCAAUCAGGUGUCCGGUGCCAGGUUGUGAUGGCCAGGGUCACAUAACGGGUAAAUACGCGUCCCACCGCAGCGCGUCAGGCUGCCCUCUAGCGGCCAAACGGCAGAAGGACGGCUACAUCAGCGGCUCCCAGUUCACAUGGAAGGCUGGGAAGGCAGACGGCAUGUCGUGUCCAACCCCGGGCUGUGACGGCUCUGGACACGUCAGCGGCAGUUUCCUGACCCACAGAAGUCUCUCUGGUUGCCCACGUGCCACAGCGGCGAUGAAGAAAGCCCGACUGUCAGGAGUGGAGAUGCUCACUAUAAAACAGCAAGCAAGCAAUGGUUUAGACUGUGAUGCAGAUGUUAAACAGCUGGAUGAAGAUGUCAAAGAUUUACAUGAAUCAAAUUCACAGGUGGAGGCGGAUAUGAUCAAGCUUAGAACACAGAUCACCACAAUGGAGUCUAACCUGAGGUCUUUAGAAGAGGAAAACAAGGUGAUUGAACAGCAAAACCAAUCUCUCCUGCUUGAGCCGGCCCGCCUAAGGCAUUCACUGAUAAACAGUUUAGCUAAUAUCCAGCUAGCGCAGAUGAAAUCACUUCACAAAGAGCCUCCAGUCAGACACAACAGCUGUUUACAGUUGCAUCAGAGAGAUCCAAUGAGCGAACAGAGCUUUGACGCAUAUGUGACCACGCUAACGGACAUGUACACCAAUCAAGAUCAGUAUCAGAGCGCAGAGAACAAGGCCCUGCUAGAAAACAUCAAACAAGCAGUACAAGGCAUUCAAGUCUAGCGUGGCCACUUUCCUACAGCGGAGGAACACAGGGAACAAAAGACAUUUUCAGAAAGAAAAAAAAAAAUAAUCAUCAUAUGGGAUGCCUCACAUUUUGCUGUUUAUCGAACAGUGUUGAAUUCAUGUUCUUUUAAAAAGUGUUAUGCUGACUAAACAUUUUUCUUUGGGUUUAUUUUUCUGGCCUUGCUUUUAAAAAAAAAUAUCUGCAAAAUGGUUUUGGAAAGCAUUCACAUUUUGUACGUUUUGUAACGUGAAUCAUCCUUCUCGCUGCUCAUUUAUGCACCUUUUUGUGUAUGUUAUUCAACAGUAAUGCAUCCACUACUGAACAUUAGUUUGUGACGCUUGCUGAUAUAGAGUUAAAAUCACAGAGGUUAACUCAGUAAAAGAUCUAGUGAAACACGAUCAGUGCUGUUUCUUUUAAUCAUUGAUAUCAACGGUUACCCUUUUACCAAUAGUCUACUUUAGACAUUCUACUGACUUUGCAACUGCAUGUCAACAAAUUCUCAGAGUGUUAGUAGACUGUCAGAUUAGGGUUAGAAGAAUAAGUUGGCGUAGUUGAAACAUUACUUAUAGUUCUGUCAUGACAACUGUCAUGAGAUUGGUAUGGUAAUAGAGAUUGGAUACACUCUAAAAAAUGCUGGGUUGUUUAACCCAAUUUUGGGUCAAAUAUGGACAAACCCAAA